AUGGAAACAACAAUACUGGAACUUAAUAAAAGGAUCAACAAUCUCGAACUAAUAGUCCAUCAACAAGAUGAGGAUGAUGAUGAUAAUAAUAAUAAUGAAUCACUAACGUCACAAAUCAACUCAUUGAAAUUAAAACUUUCUAAAACUUAUCAAAUCCAUCCAGAAUUUGAAAAACUCAAUCAACUCAAUUCGAAAUUGAAAACAUGGAAUAAUACAACUACAACUACAACUACCAAACUCAAGGAUAAUGAUAUUUCAAAAGAAGUUAAAUUAGAAACUAUAAAUUUACAUAGUAGUCAUAUUUUAGAAACUUAUCCUACAAUUAUUGAAUUAUUAAAUAUCCAAUACGCGUCAAUACUCAAGAGUUUAAAUAAUUUGGUUAUGACUACAGAUAUUCAAAACAACAAACAGUUGCUUAUAUCAAAGAAACCUCAAUUAGAAAGAAUUAACAGAAUUUAUCAAAUUUUAAAUGUUAAAUCAAUGAUGAUUACUGAGAAAUAUAUCGAAUUGACUAUGAAGGAUAAUAAAUUCUGGAUUGAAUCAGAAAAGCAAUUAGAAAUACUAAAUCAAAAGAUCAAAAAAAUCGAACAAACCAGACAGGAAAUGAACAAAUAUUGA